AUCCCACCGCGUAUGCGCAGCGUCCGAUUUCAUUUUUCAGCGUAUUUCGAAUUGUCCGCAAGUCGAUUCAGAAGUCACCAUUUGGCCAGCAUCUUGUAUUUUGUCCAUUAUUGUAAAUAAACGCGCGUCUCCCGUCUCUAGUUUCUCGCACGGCGCGACAGUGUUACCCUGGUCCGACUGACGACGGUGGUUGGUUCCGUAAUCGCGGGAAAAAGUGCGCAAAAUGGCAACCUUGUUGACGGUUAAGCUGACUAAGGGCGAUUCGCCCAAUUGGGGUUUCAGGCUGCAGGGAGGGAAGGAUUUCGGCACCCCUCUGGUCAUUCAAAAAGUCAUAGUAGGAUCACCUGCUGAGAGGGCAGGACUGAUUGCUGGAGAUUCCGUCAUCAAAGUCAACCAAACAGACGUCUUCAACCUCAGACACAAAGAUGCACAAGAUGUACUAUUGAGAGCAGGGAACUCCUUCGACAUGACGAUUCAAAGAGGAGGAUCGACUUGGAAACCAUCCGUAGUUCCUACAGGAAUCUUAUCUACACCAUCUCCGACGAUUAACAACAUCAGCCCUGUCACCAGGACCUCCCUGGCUGCUAAACCAUCAGAAAACAUUGGCGCAAUUGGAACAGGACACAACCUUUCUGCUAAACCAUUCGCAAAUGGAACAUUGAAUGGUGGACCAAAAGUAGUCAACAACCAGUAUAAUAGUCCUCUUAAAUUAUACUCUGAAGAGAGCAUAGCAGAAACUUUGUCUGCACAAACAGAAGUUUUAUCAACAGGAGCACUAGGAGUAAAUUUCAAGAAAAACGAGAAAAAUUACGAUGCCAGUAAGAGCGCAGUUUUGAGCCUUCUGAAAGAAGAGGAAAACAGUCCAAAAUCGCCAGAUCACACAGUAACAUCGCCUUAUUACGCUUCGCACAGUCACGCUAUCGGGAGUAGAUCCAGAUCUCCGUGGAUCGACACACAUCACUACAAUAAUCACGACCACUACAGUCGUUCGAAUAGCCGUCAAAGUACGAGUACUCUAUCUCCUAGGAGUCCUAACACGAACGAUGAUCAAGUGACAAUUUGCACUUUUUGUGACAGGGUCAUUGUUGGAGUUUUCGUCAGAAUCAAGGACAAGAAUCUUCACGUUGAGUGCUUCAAGUGCUCUACCUGUGGUACUUCUCUCAAGAACGUUGGGUAUUACAACAUCAACAACAAACUUUACUGCGAUAUCCACGCAAAGUUAGCUGCUAGGAAUAACGCUCCAGCUCCCAAUUUGGUACCCAUCACUGUACCACCCGGUGGUAAAGCUCCAGCGAACGCUAUCUCAGCAGCUCUAGCAAGUCAUCCUUAUCAUACCCCAGCACCUCUUUCACCAAAGAUCAACAGUUACCAGCUGAAUAACGAUGAGACUGACGAGACAAAGCAAAUAAUUGAUUUGACUUUAACCAAAGAACCUGUAACACCCAUUAGGUUUAGUAACAUUAACAAUAUAACUCCGAAGCCGUUUGGUGAAUACGUAUCGAAGUCACCACUGUCGGGACCAAAACCAUUUUCCAGUGUACCAGGACCCCUAUCACCCUCAUCGAAUUUCAAUUCACUACCAAGGUCAGGAGCUCCAUUAUCACCAGUUGCACCUGCUCCAGCUUAUAGCCCGGUUGCUAGCACAGUCCAUAGUCUUUCUAAUAUCGUUUGGCCCCCUGUAUCAGAGGAACCCGAAUUCCCAACAGCUUGUCCCAUAUUCUAUCCUCCUCCAUCUCAGGUGACAGUAAAACCGAGAACAAGAAAAGAUUCGCGAGACUCACAAUCCUCAGAAUUGGAACAGAUCAACGAUAUGGAGGAAUAUCAAUUUCGACAAUACUAUGAAUGCGCUGCUGGACGUAAAAGUGCCACUGAAUGCGCUGAAACCAUUUCCGAAUCGGUUGGAAGACAGAUCUUAGUAGAGAAUAUCAUGAGAGAUCGACCAAAAUCACCACCUCAACAGAAAACUAGAAUACCAAGAGCAGAAGAGGAAAGAGAAAAAAUUGAAAAAUGUGAAAGUCUGCAUAAAGAACAUGAGCAUUAUACCAAAGAGCCUGUACAUGAACCCAAGCCGGACACAACAAAAUCGGGAUACCCUGAAGAAGAGGCAAAAGAUCACCAAAGAGCUGAAGCGAAAUGUAAAAUAACUAACCCUGUUCCAAAGCAAUGGGAAUCACAAAUGCUGCAAGCCCUCAAAAUAACCUCAGACGAAUCAGAUUCCUACAGUUCAACCACAAGGAUGUGUUCAACAGAAAAACUCAAUGUAAUGGAGAAGAAUUCAAGAGAGACUAUCUUUUCCGAUAUACCAAUCAAAAAACCAUCUACAGCAUUAGGAUCUGCACUAUCUGUCGCUCCUUCAGAACCUUUCAAUCCUGUGAAACCCUCAGGAUUAGAACCCAUUCCUUUGCCUGAAGAAACUGUGCCAUAUUUCCCUCCCGAAGACCUAUUCACGAUACCGAUCAACACUGAGAAUCAGGAGAAGGAAAAACCGUUCAAGAAGAAGAAAGAUCCAAAUUUGGAGAAAAUACUAGAGGAGCUACCAAAACCCCAAGAAAGGCUCACGAUGAGGUCAGCGCUCACCACUGCACCUGAUAGACCAUUCACCCCUGUAUCUAUUCAAGGAGACCCCCAGAGUGUUCCAUCACCUGUCCAAAUUUAUAAAGCGUCAAUCCAAACAACACCAGUUCUGUAUGAAACUGCGCCUUCACUAGUUGAAACGAUCAGCACCGAAGAUUCAAAAACUGAAACUAGCGAGCAGUCGGAAACUAAAACGACUAAAACUAUACAGAAAAAAGUUAAAGAAGAAAGACCAACAGCACUUCCAAUCACUGUUAAAAUAGAGAACCAAGACGAUACGCCCUCUCCAGAGUCUUUACCGCUUUUUCAGGGUUUCACGUGUUCUUUCAAGAAUAAAUCAGACGUGUCGCAGUUUGAUAUACAGAUCUCGACAACUCCUCCAACGCGCGACAAGAAGCAUAGGAGAACUCCUGUGGUGAAAGUUGAAGCGGAACCACCCGGCGAAAUAAAAGUGACGGAAUUAACAGAAGAAACGAGUUCUACAGAAACAUGUUCCAAGAAAGAAAUGCAAUCCACCGAAAAGAAGGAAUUCCGACAAUCAGAAAAACCGGUUGGGAAUGUCAUCUAUAAGAAGCCAUCUCAGAUGGUGUCGCUCCACAAACCAGACGCUCUACCUCAGUACCAAGUGAGCAUGAGGGAAAACGCUGAGGCUGAUUUGAUCAUGAUGGCUAAAAUGGAGAAAUCGAAGAUGAAGAAAGAACAACAGAAGCAGCAACAACUCCAAGAAGGCCAGCAAAAAGCGGCAAGUCAACAGAAAUGCCAACUUACACAUGGUAAAACGACGCAUCAAGAAAGGGCAGCUGCUAUUGAAAAAUCUAAAGCAGAGUCUGAACUGAGAGUUCGAGAUUAUCAGGAAUCGCGUAAUGUUACACAGAUAUCCCAAGAACAAUCAGCUCAACAAAGACGAGAAAUGGAAACGCAAAGAAUAGCCCCUACAAUCUGUCCGGUCAUCACGGUUCAGAAUGGUAACCACAAGUCGGAUAAUAUGUUCACACCUGUACCAGACAGUCGUCCACUUCACCCAACACCAAGACCUCUGACCCCUAGCAUGAUCAACAAACCACCACCAAUCAUUCCUCCUUACCAAGCGAACUUGGUUGCCCAGAGAUAUGGACCACCCUCUGUGAAUUUGCUAGAUCCUAAAUCACCGGCUGUAUCUAGAUCGCCGAGUCCUUGUCCUGAGCAUCAAAAAUCUUCCGAUUUAUUAGGGAGUAGAUCUUCUAAUUUGAGGCCAAAGUCUCCGGCACAAGGACCACCACCAAACCCUUUGAGAAAAGAGCAUAUUCCUACCAGGCGUGAUUUCAAAGUUGAGGAAGCUAAAGAAUACGUCAGUGCGUUCAUACCACAGUACAGGGAAAAAGUUGACGUUUGUGUUGAACAGCCAGGUAGAGAUUCUAGGAACGAACAAAGAAACCUGAGGUAUAGUGCCGAUGUUAAAACAGUUAGGGAAGACGCCCCUAUGGUCACUUACCAAGCUGAGAGAAGGAUGGAGGAAGUAUCAGCCACUUCCGGAAGGCAACAAGAGGAAAUCAAACUCCAAGAAUAUAGAUCAAAACAAACAGAUGAUCGAAGUAGAGAAGAAACUAGAUCUCAUGUCUCGGGGAGUACUGAAUCGACUACGAAAGUUUCUGAGAAAUCUCAUUCUGAAAAAGAAGAAGAAUCCAAGAAGAUGGAGAAUAAAUCAAUAGAAAGAUCCGCUGACGGUUCCGUUCAGAUCCAAAGAACCAGGAGGGUAAUGGAAGAAUUCGAACACAGUCAACAAUCCAAAGAAAUCACUAUUGAAAAAAACAUGAGGUCUUCUAACCAGGAGGGUUUCAGAAACGUGAGGGAAGUUGACGAUGGCGCACAAAACAUGACAGGCUUACACAUAACGGCGCCAAAUCCCAUCAGGUCCAGAUUCCUAGAGUCCAAUCAAGAAGCGGCACCUCCAAAGAUGACCACAGUAUGCCAAAAAGUAGGAAAAGACGCGCCAUACAAGAAAGUGGAGUCUACGAAACCGCCUGAGAAAUUACCCCCGAGUUUCCCCAAAUUCGAUGCUACCACCCUUCCCAAACCCAAACCUAUUCCCGAGCUUCGAGACGUCACGAUCGAAGAGAAAAAAACUCCCCCUAAACCCACCAAACACGUCGAACCGCCGGGUUCCUCUAAGUCGAACCAAAAAUUAACUCCUAGUGUACCCCCUUCCAAUGUAGGUGCAACGGGAGGCCGUCAAUCUGGAGCCGUCGGUGUCGCUCCUAAGAGGGGUAGGGGUGUCCUCAACGCUGCACAACUUGGUGGAGGAAGGAUUCCACUUUGUGGUCAAUGUCAUGGUCAGAUAAGGGGACCAUUCAUCACCGCUUUGGGUAAAAUUUGGUGUCCUAACCACUUUAUUUGUGCCACACCGUCUUGUAGGAGACCACUUCAAGACUUGGGAUUCGUUGAGGAGCAAGGUCAACUUUAUUGCGAGUACUGUUUUGAACAGUACUUAGCACCUGUUUGUUCCAAAUGCGGUUCCAAAGUAAAGGGGGAUUGCUUGAAGGCCAUUGGAAAAUCCUUCCACCCAGAAUGCUUCAACUGUGUCCACUGUGGAAAAUUGUUUGGGAACUCUCCAUUUUUCUUGGAAGAUGGCAGUCCUUAUUGCGAAACUGAUUGGAAUGAAUUCUUCACUACCAAAUGUUUUGCCUGUGGAUUCCCAGUAGAAGCAGGUGAUCGCUGGGUAGAAGCACUGAACAACAACUAUCACAGCCAAUGUUUCAACUGCACUAUGUGCAAGAAGAACUUGGAGGGACAAAGUUUCUUCGCUAAGGGGGGCAGACCUUACUGCAAAACCCAUGCUCGCUAAUUCAUGAAUCAUUCAAUGAACUACCCCAUCGAUAACAGAUUUUUAUGGGGGAAAAUAGCCAAAUGACUCUGAUAACUAUGCUUUCGAUGUGUAUUGUCGAUUCAUAUCUAGAAACGGAGCACCUGGUUAUUCUCCCCAAUAUUCCUAUCGAAUACUUAUUAUUUAUAUUUAAUUAAUGUUGAUUAUGCUAGUCGUUUUAUUCACACAGUGGAUUCGUAUACUUUUGAUUUUGUCAUGUCGCAAAAUAUAUCUUGCACGAAUUUUUUUUCGAAGCACAACCACUGUUCUAUUGUCAGAAAUAUUUUCGUUUUUUAAAUACAGUAUGUGUAUAUAAAAUAUGUGGAAUGUAUUUGUGUAAAGUGCCAUUUUAACUGCAGAUGGAAUGUUUGUUCUAUUUAAAUAUAUAUUUUAGAAAUUA